ACACCCACAGCCAGCACAUCUGUAGACACACCUCACUGUUUUGCACAGACCACCACAUCACACACAAGACGAUCCCAUCCCUAUACAUCAUCUGUGCACGAGCAGCAGCAGCUUGCAUCCCCUUCUCCCAUGCUAGUCAGCCAUUACCGUACUCCGUCUAGCACAGGCGCACUCCAUGAUUGACAGCAGAUAUCCAUAGAAACAGAACAGGCAAAGAGACACUACAUGCAAGGAGCCAGGCUGUGUCUCUGUCAUAUACGGCGCUGCUGGGGAUAAUGCAUUAGAGAUAUUUUCUCUCUGUGCAUGUGAGAUCAUUCACUAACCUUAUUAUAUCAGCAGGGUAAUGAGGAUCUGCAAGGAGGAGAGACUAUUACCCCAGCUCACGUGUUGCAGGGUGCACUGAGCAGUUAUUUUUUGGGGGGGUUUAUUUGCAUCCAUCUAUGUACACUGCAACCAGAAUCUGAAGAAGAAAACCGAUUUAUGUGGCGUUGUGCUCUAUGCAUAGAUAUAUAGAGAUAUACUAUUUAUUUUAUUUUUAUUUUUUUAUUUAUUUUAUUUUUAUUAUUUUGAGGGGGAACCGGAGUGGCAGCCUGUGAUCUGCGAUCCACUCUCUGAUCUGUUGGGAUUUCUUCUUUCUCCUGUGGGUGUCACUGAAUCCGCAAAGCUGUAUCCGACUGGUGGAUCACUCGAUUUUUCUCACAUUAUGAUGCAAGGAGAUGGACGGCGGAGAAGAAACGAGAAUUAUUUUGAUGAUAUACCAAGAUCAAAGCUUGAAAGACAAAUGGCUCAGAGUAAAUAUGAUUUUCAGACAGGAGAUUGGGGAGAACCAUCGAUCAGCCUCCGAGCCCCCAAUGAAACCACUGGCUCUAUACCCUUCCAGUACUGGCAGCAUCAUCCAGAAAAGCUCAUCUUUCAAGCCUGUGAUUACAAAGCAUAUAGCAUGCCAUUUGGGGGAAAGUAUGGACCCAUAUUAAAACCCGUUCCUCACCCCCAGUGUUCCUGGUCUGAGAUGAUAAAGUAUUUAGGAUCGAUGCUGAUAAAGGAAUUGAGAGGGACAGAGUCAACACAAGAUGCCUGUUCAAAAAUGAGGAAAUCAACAGAACAGAUGAAGAAAGUCCCCACAAUUAUUCUGUCAGUUUCUUACAAAGGAGUGAAGUUUAUGGAUGCAGCAAAUAAGGCAAUUAUCGCCGAACAUGAAAUCCGCAAUAUAUCAUGUGCUGCGCAGGAUCCUGAAGACCUCUCUACAUUUGCAUACAUCACAAAAGACUUGAAAUCGAAUCUCCAUUAUUGUCAUGUGUUCACAGCUUUUGAUGUGAAUUUAGCAUAUGAGAUCAUCCUGACCUUAGGCCAGGCAUUUGAGGUUGCAUAUCAGCUUGCACUACAGGCCAGAAAAGGAGGACAUUCCUCAACACUACCAGAGAGCUUUGACAGCAAGCCCACCAAGCCUAUCCCAAAACCUCGUGUCAGCAUUCGAAAGCCAACGAUAGAUCAGCCCGAUCAAAAGACACUUGCCAAUCUGCCUUGGAUUGUUGAACCAGGGCAGGAAACGAAAAGGGGGAUUAGCACCAAGUACGAAACCACAAUCUUCUAAUAUCAACUCACCCUAUCUCCUUGGUGUGCCUUUGUGCACUCUCCUACAUGAGUCCAUCACUCAGGCGGCGGCAGCCUCCUCUUCAGCACGGAAGAAUCAGCUCUCUACGUGGACUGUACAACAUCAAGGAAUCAUUCUUUUCAAACACUAACAAGAUAACUCACAAUACUGCCAAGAAAAGGAAUCCUCUAUUUUUUGAUGAUUUUCUUCUAAUCUCUAUUACAACGUUUCUAUUUGUUAAACUGGAUUUUAUUGGGAAAUUGUUUUUUGUUUUUUUUCUUCAUAUAAAUUUCAUUAUAAUUCUUUCAUUAUGCACUUGAUUUGUGGCAGUUAUAUAAUCAAUGGCCUCCCAAAGCAGUAUUUGAACUCAUAGGAAAUAACAGUGUAAUUAUGUAUUGCAAAAAAACAAAACAAUAAUAAUGAUAUAAUAAUAAUAUGGAACUUUAAAACUGCCAAGAAAAUUAUUACUUUAUAUGCAGAAGUGCAUCUUUAUAUCUGAUUAUUGUAUGUGCUUUCAUUACGGAAAUAGUAUUCAGGAUUUCUGAAGGAACUGGAUUUGCUUCAAUGUAAAGAGUACUUUGUAUAAUAUUUUAUAGGCUAUUGAAGUUGAAGCCUUGUUACUAAAUUGUAAAAAAAAAAUUCUAUUACUGUAUCCAUAAAGAAAAAACAAUUGUCAGUAAAAUGACGUAAAAAGAUCAUUGAUUUUAUGUUUUCUUUAUGCAUAGGCUAUCAAAUCAACUCUGAUUGCAGUAGCCAGUGUUAAUUUUUCAUAGGAAUGUUUAUUCACAGUAUAUGGUUGACUGCCAUGAUUUUUAAUUCUUGCAAAUCACAAUUCCACUUGCCAUGCCCACCCCCAUCACUCACGCCCACUUCCUGUCAGCUGUUUACCAUCUCUGUGGGAUCAGCAGGCAGCACAAUAGAGUGACAGUUUGAGACACUUUGCUUAAAAGUGAAAAUGAUUCAUUGUUGGCAUAUGAAGCAUGUAUAGCUAUGUAUGAAACUUAAUAUCGACUAUCAUCUUAAUUCUGUACAAUCUGGGUUGUCAUUAUAUGCUUCUCCCCCCAAAAAAGAGGAUGAUGCCUUUUCAUAUGUUGGAUAAAAGUAUACAUUCUACGCAAACUCAACUGUAUAUAUACUGUAUAUAUAAAAUCAUACUGUAAAUGUGUA